UAAGGCGACCGGUGCGAACUUCACGCAGUUAAGUCAGUCACUGGGGGAGCCGCGCGUAGAAAGCACGCGCCUUACGCCUCGUCAGUUAACUUUACAAACUUUUUAACUGCAUAACAAUUUACUGAAUAAGAUCCUGUGACAAGUAAAACAAUAGUGCUGAAAUCGUGUAAUAUAAUAUUGGAUUAAUACGAAUUUAAAGCGGGGAUUUGCGUUUCUAUAUGUAAUUAUCGAAGCAUCAACAUCAUGCACCCGUCGUUAUCUGCCGAGAGGAGAUCAUCGCGCGUUAUAUAAACCUCGAUUCCAAGAACAUUAUCUGAAGCCGGCUAUUCAAUAAGUGACAGUGUUUCGUGUUAUCGUGCUACAGUAACUUAUUGUUUAUUCCACAUUCUACAUUCGAUAUUCAAAUUUUAAAUUGGAAAAAAUAAUCAGCAGUUCUGGAACAGUACGAACAAAAGUGCUUGCAUAAAAAAAUAGAGAAUUCGAAUUUCAAAUUCGAAUUCUCAAGCCGCGUUGACACGCGCAAGUGACUGGAGCUAGUAGUGGACGGUUUAGUGAUUGAAAAUGGCCGGCACCGGUGGUGAGAUCUGGCUUCAGUGGUUCGCGUGCUGCUACCAGCCCGCCGCGCAGGCGCAGCGGACGCGCCGGAGAAUAGACCGCUCCAUGAUCGGAGCUCCCACAAACUUCCAGCACACAGGACACAUAGGAUCCACGGACGUGGACAUGCCUUCCUCGCUGCUGCACACCAUCCAGAACCAGAUGCAGAGCAAAGGCGGCUACGAGGUGGCGUACGGGGUCAAGGCAUAUUGAACGCGCAAGCCGAGGACCAGUGCGUGAACUGAGUGACUGUCGUGUUAUGAUCUUAUUAAUACCGUAUUUAUUGUCGCGUUACGCUAGUGUUUAGUUCGUACGUUUUCAAGUGUACAUACAAAGGCCAUUGUCGAAAUUCUAAAGUUACCUCUACGAUUUCCACGUUCUUCAGUGAAGUUUCGAAUUAUAUGUUACAAUGCCUUAUACUUAUUCAAAGACUGGCGUUGAUAAUCCUAUAUCUUCCCUAAUAUUCAGUCCAGUUGGUAAAGAAUUUUGCCGUUAAAGUUCAUCUACUGAAAGGCAGAUACAUAAUAUGCAAGCCCAUGUACAGUCACCUGCAAUAAUAUGUUACACAACGAACGUCGCAAAAAUAUGUGACAGGAUCUUAUUUGUAGAGCUUCGAACAACACCGGCUUCCGACACGUUUGUAGAGCCAUAAGAGCGUGUCACAUAUUUUUGAGGCCUUCGAAGAGUCACAUAUUAUCGCAGGUGACUGUACGAUCGUCCUUGGGUGAAUUUUAUCGACACAAAAUCAUUCCACUUUCUUGUAUAAAAUUAUGUUAUCUUAUAUUAAGUGUAAGUACUUUAUAAAACAGAUUAAUUUUAUUGUUCUCGAAUUUUUCAGUCCUUAAUCUUUAAUGUAUGUUAGAUACUUAUUUUAAGUAAAAUGGUGUUCCGUAAUUCAUUACUACACCAAUUAUAUCAUUUGCAAUAGAAAUACCGUGAGACACAUUGAUUAAAUAUAUGUUUUAAAAGUAAAUCAUUACUUCAAACAAUAAACACGCACAAAAGUGUUGCCAGGAGAAAAUUAAAUCAAUCGAGCACGGAGCAAUGUUUACGCUGCUCACCGUCUCCAAUAAAUGAACAAUAUUUCAAGAGUUCAUGCUAAUUCAUUCGUGAAAACAGAUACCUAUUGUGAUAAUUUAUACGACAGUUUCUAGAAACUAGAAUUUUUCACUUCUGCUAAGGGUGGUAUUCCACCUGUCCAAUUUAUUUGCCCAAUUAAUCUCACAUUUUGCUUAAUAGUGAAGUGAGACCCACAGACAUUGAAUCAAGAAAUUGGACAGAUGGAAUACCAGCCCUUUCGACCGCCGCUAAGUCUUUGGGCCUCGAACCGCUUUUAGACAAAUCUAUCCAGAAAUUUACAUGACUAUAAUUAUAUAUCUAUGAAGCAGGGUUUCUCAAUCUUUUCUUGAACCCCUAUUGGUUCGCCAGCCAUUAUAACAUUUCGCUACAAGACUGCAUAUUCAUGACUGGUAACGGUAAUCGGCUCAAUUGCGCAUUAAGUGAUAUGAGUUUUUUUAAAGCAAUUUUUACUUUAAGGGUAAUCGUGCCUUGAGAAACCCUGCCACAUGAUAAGUUUACUUUCUCGUACUUGUGUGAGAUAUCUUCCAUAUUGCCUCAAGUACCUAAGUAUUAAACUAUGAUUUUAUUUUCUGCUGUUAGUGAAAUACUGAAAUCUUAUAGGUACAAUAUAUUACGCUCGAUAUAAAUUGUAACGAAUUUAUCAUACCUUUUUCUAUAAAAUUAGUGUUUGAAUAGUUAUCCAGUAGUAGUAGUUAUAAGUACCUACUCCGUCAUUGACUACCUUUUUACCUGGUACUCGUUACAUAUAUAAUUAUAUGUUUUCAUAUAUUACUGUACUGAUUAUAUAAUAUAUGUGUCCGCUUGCUGUUAGGGUUGUUGACGGUGUCAAUUCCAGAAUUACUGAGUUAUUAUCGUAGGCCAAAAUAUCCUCCUAAGGCCCAAGAUCCUACCUAUAGUACUUAUUCAGUUCAAUGAAAUUUAAAUCAUAUUUGAUUGGAACAGAGUACCUUUCGCUUUAUUUCGUUCAGUUUUUAAACAGCGCAAAAUCAACUCUAUUUCCUACACUAAAGCUUCAAAUUUCUGUGGCAUAGUUUGCAUUUUUUAUUUGUAUGGCUGGGCUUUAGGAGGAUAUAGUGGGGUGGACGAUUCACGUGUACUCUUACGUAACUUAUUUUUGUCAAUUUAUUGCAAAAACUCAAUACACAUUGGGCCAUUUAUUGAAUUAAACGUUGAUUACUAUUUUUUAAUUUUGCACUAUGUAACUAGAUUAUUCGCAACAAACACGUGCUAUCGAAUGCUAAAAAGCCUAUAAAUGAGGAUGGGCUAUCAAAUAUCAAUGUUACAGUGUACAAUUUUAAGUUACAUAUUACCUAUGAACAGUUUGUGUUGCAUUACAUGUUUAGGCUGUUGGUAUUCUACUAAAGACGUGUUUUCUAUUUAUAUUUUGUAUUUUGAUAUCCGAUGUUUAAUUUAAUUCAAUUAAUACAUAUAUGGAUGCGCUAAACCCUCUUACACACUUGUACCUAUACUCAAUCAAUUGUCUAACCCGUAAAAAGUCCUAAAAAUAGUCAAUUUAUAUAUAUGUUUAUUAGUAAAUUAAGCGAGUGAUACAUUUGAGAUUAAGUAAUAUCGCGCAUAUCUAUGCUCACAAUACCGUCUAUAAAUGCAGAUAGAUGAGAACAAGUAACGUCCAAUAAGAUAAAUCUCCAAGUUUAAUAAGUCAUAAGAUAUUUCGGUCGUGGAUUUAGUUUGGAUAAUAUCCUUAUUGGGCGUUAGAUGUGUAAUUCUGAUGCAUGAUGCGGUACCUAAUGUCGGUAUGUUAGACACUUCCACGAAUCAAAGCUAAAAUCGCACAGUAAUGCUUAAGAGCCCUUCAACGUGCACACUAGCGCCACAACUAAAUAAUCGUGAUUAUUUAAAUUUUACGAAAGAUAUUGAAAAAAGGGGGCCGCUACGUACUGUAUAGUGUAUUUAAGUACCUUUUGAAUACAUCAAACCAGUUUUUGUGUUGUUGGUUUCGUCGAUCUAGGAACUCAAAACAAAAACGGCCGUUUUAACUUUGGACGCAUAGAUUGACGAAUCCAGCAACAUAAAAACUAUUCUGAUGUAUUCAAAAGGUACUUAAAUACACAAUACAGUACGUAGCGGCCCCAUUUUUCCAAUAUCUUUCGUUAAAUUUAAAUAAUCACGAUUAUUUAGCUGUGGCGCUAGUGUGCACGUUGAAGGGCUCUUAAAAGGUACUGUACCUACUGGUCCCAAUAAUUUGCUAGCGAGUACUUGCUGUUUGCGCAUUUGUUUAUAUACUGACAAAUUUAGAGAAACGCAUAAAAAGGUUUAAUUUCUGGAUUACAGCACCAAUUAAAGUAAGUUCAUGAGUAAUAAAUGUUUUUUUUUCGCAUUUCUCUAAAUUUGUGCAUUAUCUUAUAUUAUUUUACAUUGGCCCUAGGUAGUGUAUAUUAUUCAAGGUGCAUUUAAAUAUUGCACAAGCUGCAUUGGACCACAUUGCCUUUUUUUUUUCACCAAGUUGCCUUGACAUCAAAAAGUCGGUCGUUCUCCAAAUUCUCCUAAAAAAAUAUCAUUUCGUAUGUAAGAAAUGGUGCAUAAUGAAAAAGUAUAAAAUUGGUGGCUAAGCAAAUGCUAAUAUGCAAAAAUAUAUAGAGAAUUUGGAAUUGAUUGCAUACAUUAUACAAGCUGUAUAAGUAGACAAAGUUAGCAAACCUCACAAGUUGCUUAACACAUUCACUGCCCCCAACGCACAUGUGCGUUCACCGUCAUACAACUUUGUUCCUAGGCCACGCCCCCUGGCAGUGAAUGCGUUAAAAAUAUGAAAAUCUUUUGGGUCUUCUUGCCCGAACAGUUUUGGGCAGUGAAAUGACUGAAUCAAGAGUUUUUAUGGAGACUGAAACGUAAAGCUUACAUGUAUACCUCUAUUACUGAAAAGCAAUAUUGCUAAAUGUCCAUAAAUAUUUAUCCUAUGUAUAAUUUUGUCCUUUUCCGGUUAAAAUGACAAAGUUAUAUUCCUGUAGUUAGUUGAUAGUUAAUUAUAAUUGUGUUGUGGUAAAUAUUGAAUGAUACUAGAUUUGUAACAUAUAGGUAAUUAUUGUGAACAGAAAAUGAAAAUAUUUCAGAACGAUGAA